AUGGAACUCGACGAAAAUACCAAUCCAUUUACUUGUGAAGAUAUCACAAACUUUCAUAAGUUGGCUCAAGAUAAUGGGGCCGUUUUCACGACCAAAUCGUUAGUGAAUUCAAUUCGUCAAAUUUCUCCAAUUCAGCAAUUUAAAGAUAUAAAUAAUGACGAGGAUGAAAUUAGUAGUGAUUUGCAACUAGCAUUUCCUUCAAUUCCAGAAAAGGAUAUUUCCGAAGAUCGUAAAUCAUACGAAACCGUUGAUCUAGUGGAAAAAAUACAACAAAAGUUUCCCAAACAUGAACUCCAGUUUUGGGAAUUUCAAGAAAUAAGCACGUGCCUUCCUGAAGUGGUUAUUGCUAUCGGAAUAAAAGCGAUAUCUUGCAAGUUUACGUUGGACGAUAAAUCAAUCGGAUACGACCACGCGAUGUCUAUCUCCACUCGAGACUUCCGUACUAUGGUGACUAAUAUUAGGACAGUUGAAGUUGCACUAGGGACAGGGAAAAAAGACAAGCUCUCCCCAUCUGAACUGCCAUGUUUUAAAAAGUUGUUCAAAAGCGUUGUAGCUGCGAAAAAUUUAGAGCGUGGAUCCAUAUUAAAAGCGGAAGAUAUGAAAAUCAAAGUUAGUGACACACAGAGCAUGUGUGGAUUUUACUUCCCAGUAGUAAUCGGUCGACAGUUAUUAUCUGAAGUUGAUGAAGAUGAUCCAAUUUUUGUUUCUGAUUUUGAUGGACUGCAACAUUAUACGAAUUAUAUGCCAUACGAUGAACCAGUACCAGAUUAUACCGAAUAUAUAACUGAAAUCGAUCUGGGCCGAUCCAUACAUUUUAAAAGCCCAUGUUAUAUUAUCGCUGAAAUAGGACAAAAUCAUCAAGGUGAUAUAAUGAUGGCUAAAAAACUGAUCAAAUUGGCCAAAAAAUGUGGCGCGGACUGUGUAAAGUUUCAAAAAAGUUGCAUAAACGAAAAAUUUACGUUGUUGGCCAGAAAUAGACUGUACAACAGUAAAAAUUCUUUCGGCGCGACUUACGGUGAACACAAACAUUUCCUAGAGUUUAAUGAAGAUCAAUACAAGGAACUGCGGAGGUAUGCAGUAAAAAAAGUAGGAAUUCAUUUCACUGCAUCGGCAAUGGACCCGGUUUCAUUUGAUUUCAUUGUUAACCUCAAAGUGCCGUUCGUGAAAAUCGGUUCGGGCGAAUCAGGCAAUGUGAUGUUAUUGGAAAAGGCGGCUAAGGCUUACGUCCCGUUGGUCAUAUCUACCGGCAUGCAGACGCUGGCUGACAUACGAAUUACUUACGAGACCGUCAGCCGGUACCAUAACUAUUUCGCACUGUUACACUGCGUAUCCGCUUACCCGACGCCGCCGGACGAGGCCAACCUGAAUAUGAUCAAAACGCUUCGCAAGACUUUUCCGAACACGAUCAUUGGUUAUUCCGGCCACGAAGUGGGCUCUUCUCUGACAGCUGCGUCAGUAGCACUCGGUGCCAAAGUAAGAAUAUGA